UGAUAAGCUCAUCUCGAAUGGAUGAGGAGCAGAUGAACUACCUUUUUCAUAUUCGGGAGUGAUUUCAAGAAGAAAUUUUAUAAUUUGCAGGUUUUGAGAAACAUCAGUAUCGUAAUUCAUAAUUUAAGCCAAAAUUUAUGGCUAAAAUUCUCAUAAUCGAACCGUUCUAUGGAGGCUCUCACAAACAAUUGCUGGAUAUUGUGCUUCAGCAGCUUCAUCCAGUUGAGUAUGAUUUGUUUACAUUAACAGCGAAGAAAUGGCACUGGCGGUCGCGGAUAGGUGCUUUAUAUUUCUCUGAAAUUAUUCCGAGGGAUCAUCAGUACAAAACUCUGUUCACCAGUUCAGUGCUAAAUCUAGCCGAGCUGAUCGGCCUUCGGCCCGAUCUGUCAGUCUGUCGAAAAAUUGUCUACUUCCAUGAGAAUCAGCUGAAUUACCCGGUACGUGAAAUCAAGGAGAGGGAUUGUCAGUAUGGCCUGAAUCAAAUAAUGACCUGUCUCAGCGCGGACCAAAUUGUGUUCAACUCACAGUACAAUAUGACUUCCUUUUUGGAUAAUAUAAAAAGUUUCCUGAACAUUGCUCCCGAUUUGAAGCUGAAAAAUCUGAAAGAAAAAUUAGAACCACGUUGUGAAGUGCUCUAUUUUCCAAUAGCCUUUCAUAUGAUUCCAAAGCGUGUGUUCACUAAAAAUGAGAAACCGUUACAUUUAAUAUGGCCCCAUCGUUGGGAGCACGAUAAGAAUCCACAAUUCCUGACAAAUACGUUACUUGAAUUGAACAAGCGGCAGGUAGACUUUCGCGUUUCAAUUCUUGGCGAAAGAACGCAAUCGAUACCGGAAUGCUUUGAAAACAUUGGUGAGCUGUUGAAGGAAAAACUUAUAAAUUUCGGUUAUCUCAGUAAAGAUGAAUAUUAUCGAACUUUAUUGGAUGGAGAUGUGGUUAUUUCAACAGCCGGUCAUGAGUUCUAUGGGGUCGCGAUGUUAGAGGCUGCUUAUUGUGGCUGUUUGCCAGUUGCACCGAACAAACUAGUGUAUCCGGAAAUUUACCCAGAUAAUAGUUUGUAUAAUACUUCAAAUCAAUUGAUUAAAAUGCUAUAUAAUUGGUGCAAAAAUCGAGCACUGUUUGAAAGGGACCGAGCAAUCUUCUACGAAAGCUUUGACUUUGACAACUAUUCUUCGAUAAGCAUUGUCCCGAAAUUCAUAUCAAUGGUCAAAGCGCAUAUCAGUGCUAGCAAUGGAAUUUAGGUAAACGGAGGAUCUUAGCUACUGUUCAACAAUAAAUAGAAAUUAUCAAAUUAGGGAAUCUUCCAAUUAAUUUGAUGGUGUAGAUCAGCGAUUUCGAAGGCGUCAUGUCUCAAAAGUUUUGCUUCAGCUCCCCUCACAGCGAGACAAAUUCGAUAAUCAUUUAUGUACACCAUCAGACAGACCAUCAAAGUGCAAUCUCGCGCCAAUUCAUACUACUAUUGUCUAAAGGCACAAAUAACCGUUAGUGCUAAUCCUAAUCAUUAGUGGUAAGAAGCUCAAACCUUACAAGUGAAGUGAAGAAGAGAAAGGUUUGUGCAUUUACGGUUUCAGAACUAAUUUUGUUAUUUUGUACGUAUUUUCAACAUAGAUCAACUCUGAUACGAGUUGCAUAGUGAUGCAUUUUAAUAAUUGUUUUAUUGGUUCACAUAGUAUCAAAAAUUUAUUAAAUUGUAUUGUACAUUACAAUACGGAAGUCAAGAUUUUAUUCAAAUGUAAUUGGAAUAUUGGGAAUUCGAAAUUUCGUAGAUAAUUAAACAAUUUC